AUGAUUGAACGCUCAAUGGUAGCAGAGGAUGCUCAGGCAUCUAAAUUCAUAUGGCCGAAGAAACACGCGGAGUAUGUUGAGAAAAGUGCUGAAAUACAAGCUCUGCAGAGCCCUCGAAGACACUUACAGGUCGCUGUCGUACUCGCUAUGCCUUCCCCUCUCCACAUGAAGGCUGGACCACGAGAUGCCCUUCACGUUCGGCGUUCCGAUGACGACCCUCACGAGUUUGAGCGUACGCUGGAGUAUGCAAUCGGGUUGGUGAACGUGCCAUGGUCGAGUGGCGAUGUGGGGAGGGAAGCGUCCAUUAGCGGACGUAGUACUAGUAAACUAGUCAUAAGUGAUCCCUCUACUCUUGUGUACUGUUAA